CUCUUUUCUUUCCUUCUUUUUUACUCCCAUCCUUCCUUCCUCCUUCCAUAAUUUAAUAAAUUGGUUUGUAUCAACCAGACAAACAGGUUUGACAAUUUGUAAUCUUCUGCCUUCAACAAAUGGAUGCAACCAAUGUGACCAGAAUUACAAACAUUCACCUCUUAGGAUUUCAGAUUCCUCAAAGUGUAACCUUGUUGGUGUUUUUUCUUUUAAUUUUACUUUAUUGCAUGACGAUAAGUGGAAACCUCCUGAUCAUCACACUGGUGUCCUACAGCAAAACCCUCCGUUCUCCCAUGUACUUCUUCCUCUGCCAUCUUUCUGUAUUAGAUAUAAUACUAGUAACUGUUAUUCUUCCCAACACGAUCAGCACUGUUUUGGUCAAAAAUUAUACCAUGUCAUUAUCUGGCUGCCUCACCCAGUUUUAUUUCUUUAUUAUGGCAGAACCUUCAGAGUGUCUUCUUCUGACAGUAAUGAGUUGGGACAGAUAUUUGGCCAUCUGCAAACCAUUACAUUAUGCUUUGAAAAUGAACUACAAGGUUUGCUGGACACUGGUUAUACUUUGCUGGAUUUUAGGUACGUUUGUAACUGGGGUUGACAUUGUAACUAUAUCAAAAUUACAAUUUUGUGGUCCUAAUGUUAUUGAUCACUUUUUCUGUGACUUUGAUCCAAUCUUACAGCUUUCCUGCUCUGACUUGACCCCUGCUCUAUAUGAAGCACACAUUUUGGGUUUUAUAUUUAUUGUCACCCCAUUCUCCAUUAUUAUUGUAUCAUAUGCUUAUAUUAUAUCUGCUAUUUUUAAAAUGUCAUCUAUUACUAGACACAAAGUUUUCUCAACAUGCAGUUCCCACCUGACUGUGGUUUGCAUUUAUUAUGGUACCCUGGUUUGUGUAUAUUUGAUUCCUAAUGUAGGACAGACACAAACAAUUACUAAACUCCUAUCAUUACUGUACACUGUAUUCACACCAAUGAUCAAUCCACUUAUAUACAGCCUGAGGAAUCAAGAAUUAAAAAAGGUUGCUGGCAAAAUCCUCCAAAACUUUUUAAAAAUGUAUUGACUUAAAUUUGUACUUAUUAUAAUAGUUUUACAUUUUAUGCAGAAUAUGUAAGAGUAAUAGACAAACAUGUCCACCUAAAAAACGCUAUUGCUUGAAAAUGUCUAAAUUUAUAGAUUGAGAUAAAGGGACACAUGUUCAAUAAUAUAAAUGACUAUAUUAAUUCUGUCAUUGAAUGAUGCAUUAUGCCACAUCCUUAAUUA